GUGACAAAGAUCGAGUCCACUUUCAUCACCAUUCUUCAUCAAUCAAUUAUUCUUCAUCAUCAUCGUCAAACAACAAAAACCACAAAAAAUAAAAAUAUUUUUUUGAUUUUUUGCACAAAACGAAAAAAUUUGUUGGGUUUGGACUUAGCAUCCGCAUGGAACCUAGGUGUUCAAACCUAGUGGCAAUUGGGUUCCAACCGUUGGAACCUGAAACCCAGCGGCCACUACUGUGUUUGAACUCAGCUGCUGGAACCCAACAGCCAAUGGGUUCUAGCCGCUGCGGUCGUUGGGUUCCACCUGCUGCGGUCGUUGGCAGUUGUAAUUCUGCACUAACUUCUUUUAUCUCUAGUCUCAGCUCUGCUCUCAAUACUUUCCCUUUUGUUUCCUUUUUCUUUCCUGCUAAGUCGCAUAAAGUUGCAGCAACAUUUCUGUCUCCCCCCACCGGUCCAUAUUCUGCUAGAUGUCAGAUUCGGCGCCUUAGCUUUUCUGGAUCGCCUGGUUCUUACUACAACCCUGGGGCAAAGAUGUCGUCUAGUGGGGGCUCUAGCCAACCAACUGGACAGCCGCAGAGGCCGAUUUUGCGGAGACAGAUGGCAGGGAAUCUUGGGGAGGCUGCUUUUGAUAGUGAGGUGGUUCCAUCAUCACUGAGUGAGAUUGCUCCCAUUCUCCGAGGUGCCAAUGAGGUUGAAUCUAGCAAUGGAAGGGUGGCUUAUCUUUGUAAGUUUGUGCCUUAUCUUGGUUGAUAAUGUGGUUUUAUAUGAGUUUUUUUUUCAACACUAGUCUGUCUGGGAUUUUCCACAAUGCUCAGGUUGUAUUAUGCUGUGCCAAGGGCUGUCUCAAGUGGUUAAGAGCUUCGGUCUUUUAAGUUGGAGAUCUUAUGUUUGAACCUUCAGAAGGAUGGGGAGGAAUUAAGGGAAGGGGCAAAAACUUGAUAACCGUGAAACAUUCACUUAAAAAUGUAAGCGGCACAUUAUCUAAUCAAAGAAUAAAGAGUGAGUAAAGUAUUGCUUUCAUG